CCUGGGAAAAUACGUGGACGUCCUACUUCCCUAUCGGUGCAGGUGCAGGUGUGGGCCACCCCGCCCCCUGCGCGAGUGACAGCAGCACAGAUGCCCUUCACUGACACGAGGAUGAUCUGCUGCUGAUCUGCGCCUGAGACUCCAGCUCUGCCAUUCCUCCAUCAGCACUGAUACAACAGCACUUCUGCUGCUGCUGGACAUCCAGACUGCAGUUCUGCUCAAUAGCUGGAGAUUAUGUUCAGUGGACUUUUAAAGGAGGAGCCCAUUCAUGAACUCUCAGACUGUGGUGUGGAGCAGAGGAGAACAAAAUACAUCUGAUCCAAGCUGUUCUAGCGUGCUGAAGAUCGUGCUCUUUUAAACGGGACGGGGCUCUGAGAGAGAGAGACCAUGGCUGGAUGUUGCAUGUCUGCGGAGGAGAAGGAACGACAGAGGAUAAAUCAGGAGAUAGACAAACAACUGAGGAAAGACAAGAAAGACUCGCGUAGAGAACUCAAACUACUGCUGCUGGGCACAGGUGAGAGUGGCAAGAGUACGUUCAUUAAACAGAUGAGGAUCAUUCAUGGCUCGGGUUAUACUGAUGAAGAUAAGAAAGGCUUCAUUAAGCUCGUCCACCAGAAUGUGAUCAGCGCCAUGCAGUCCAUGGUCAGAGCUAUGGACAUGCUGAAGAUCGCGUAUGCUAACUCAGACAACCAGGCUAAUGGUACACUGGUGAAUGAUAUUGAGGUGGAUAAGAUCAUGAGUUUGGACGAGGCCCAAGUCAACGCCAUCCGGAGUCUAUGGAACGACACUGGGAUUCAGGAAUGCUACGACCGCCGCAGAGAGUACCAGCUAACCGACUCUGCCAAAUACUACCUGAGUGAUCUGGAUCGGAUUUCAGACGCUGAGUACGUCCCCACAGAGCAGGACAUUCUGAGAGUCAGGGUUCCCACCACAGGUAUCAUCGAGUAUCCCUUCGACCUGGAGAACGUCAUCUUCAGGAUGGUGGACGUCGGGGGUCAGCGAUCCGAGCGCAGGAAGUGGAUCCACUGCUUUGAGAACGUCACCUCCAUCAUCUUCCUGGUGGCUCUGAGCGAGUACGACCAGGUCCUGGCUGAAUGUGACAAUGAGAAUCGGAUGGAGGAGAGUAAAGCUUUGUUUAAAACCAUCAUCACAUAUCCUUGGUUCCAGCAGUCGUCUGUGAUUCUCUUUCUUAAUAAGACAGACAUCCUGAAGGAGAAGAUCGUGCACUCUCACCUGGCCACCUACUUCCCAGAAUUCACAGGCCCCCAAAACGAUCCAAAGCCAGCCCAGGAGUUUAUUCUUAAGAUGUACCAGGAGCAAAACGAAGACAAAGACAAAUCCAUCUACUCUCACUUCACUUGUGCCACCGACACGGAGAACAUCCGCUUGAUCUUCGCAGCUGUGAAAGACACCAUCCUCAGACACAACCUCAAAGAGUUCAACCUGGUUUAAAAUCAACAUCCUGGAGGACAAACCUGGUCCUGCUCUCUUCUGUUGAUCUGUUGAGUAGAUUUAGCUCUCACAUUAGCUUAACAUGGUUCUAUUGUUGACUAAGGACUUAUAUAAGGAAGUAUCUAGGAGAACUGCCUAAUGGAUUAGAUGUGGACUGGCUUCCUGAAAACGAGCCUUGAUCUACCAUUACAAGGAUGAAUCUUCUUUUCAGUCGUGUUUAGGUCCUCUGAUAGAUGGGUAGGUUUCAUCGACAACAGAUGUUGUCAUUUUGUUCAUUAUGUGAGUAGAGUUUACAAGGGAGGCUACUUAGGAGAUUUUAAGGCACAUGUAAAAAAUUUUUCCUGAUGUAAUAGAUCAAAGUCUUGAAGACUCCUUAAAGCGUUUAAAGGCAAAAAAGAUGGAGAAGUUUACAUUUUAAUAUAAAAACUUGGAUUUUUUGUUUUUUUUAACAAACAUGCUCUAAAGUUGCCUUAUGUAGUUGUAACGCAAACCUGAAUCAUGAUUAUGCAUUUGUAGAAAUUAAAGGUAUGAAUUGAAUUCAGAUAUAUUUUUUAUUUUAUUAUUAUUUCUCAAUGUAAAAAUAAUUUACUAGCCAUUUUAAACUGGUGUUUCAGUGUCAAAUUGUACAUUGUAAAGGAUAUUUAUCAUUUUAAACAUGCAUAUUCCUUAAAAAAAAUCUUGAUUUCUCACAGAAAAUUCAGUCACGAGGCAAAUUCAGAAAGUUUUCGCAUUUUACGCAGCCACUGAUUUCCGAGUUUCAUUAUUUGACCUCAGUUUCGUAGCAGGUACAAGCUGUAGUGAAUACCUGAAGUGCCUUUAAACUGUAAUGUCUGUAUCUGCUUUGAUAAUAUUUAUUAAACAAGGAUAUACAGCUAUAUGU